UCUGAGGACAACCACGGGGGGAGGAGAUGUGGUGGGAAGGGGGGAGUGGGGCUUUGGGGGGUGCCUGGACAUCCCCCCCACCCCUCCCAGGUGCCAUGGAGGGCAAGCGAGCAUCAGGCCCCGCGGCGGAGGAGCAGCAGCUCCAGGCGCUGGCUGAGGAGGAGGCAGCCAGGAGGAAGGAGGAGAUGCUGACCCGGUUCCUGAAGGACAAGGUGGCCAAGGAGGAAGGCAGCAGCACCCUGAACCUCCACAAACUCGACACCCAGUGGCGGGCGAUGCUGCGGGCGGCCAAGGACGCGGAGCUGCGCAGGGACAUGGAGAUCCUGAUGCAGACCUUCUCCCGGGUGAUGGACUGCAAGGACAGCGCCAUCGAGGCACGGGAGGAAGGAGGGGGGCGUGGGGGGGACACGGGGGGCUCCAGCCGUGACCCCUUCCACCCUUCACAGUCCCUGGUGACGGAGCUGGAGGAGGUGGAGGAGCAGCACUCCCGGGCCCUGCGCAGUCACCUGCAGAACCUCCAGCGCCUGCUGCGGUUCCAGCGCCGGCGCCUGAGCUGCCUGGAGGAGAAUUACAACGCUCAGCUGCGGGCCCUGAGCUUGGAGUUUGAGGACGAGAGGAGAACCAUCCUGGAGCACCAGGAGAAGGAGAGCUCCUCCCUGAGGGAGCUGGCAAUGGCAGCCGAGCAGAUUUAUGCCAGGGGCCAGCAGGAGGACACCCUGAACUUCCAGAGUGCCCGGGAUGACAUCAAGAACAAGAGCCUGCUGGAGAAGCAGUACACCCGGCUGGAGCUGGGGGAGAAGGUGGAGAAGCUCUGGGAGAAGUUCCAGGAGGCCAUGACGAGCUACGGGGAGGCCACCGAGCACCUGAAAAUCGCUUUUAAGGCUCUGAAGCAGAAGGACAGGAAAAACGCCAAGGAAAUAGAGCUGCAGGCCAAGAAGCUGCAGAAGCUCCAGGAUUUGGUGGCAGCCACCAAGGGGCAGAUAGCAGCUCAGCUGAGGGAGAGCGAGGAGCAGAACCGGCGUGUGAGGGUGAAGAAGGAAAAGGCCCUGAGGAAGCUGCAGGAGCUGAAGGCUGAGAUGAGCCAGGCCAGGGCCAGGGCCCAGGGCAACCUGGGCAGGCUGGUGAUGCAGAGUGAGGGAGCCCUGAAGACUCUGGAGAAGGUGGUGCAGAAGGCCCAGCGUAUCCUGAGGUUGGCCGAGAUGUGCCGGAAGCUGGAGACGGAGCAGGAGAAGGUGCUGCCCUUCUACCCCUCCUCACUGGCAGAGGGGGAGCAGGAGGAAGCCCAGCGAAUCCUCCACCGGACACCGGAGGAGCCCCUGGCGCGGGUCGUGCGGGAUUACGCGGGGCUGGAGCGGUUCUGGCAGAGAUUCAACAAAGCGAAGCUGGAGGAGAAGGCGCUGGAGAGGGAGAGGGCGGAGCUGAACCGCCGGAACCGCCGGCUGCGGGAGCUGCUGGGUCAGUACCUGGCCGGGAUCUGCGUGACCCAGGAGGUGCUGGAUAAACCCAACCCCCUCCUCAGCGUCCGGCACAAGAGAUGUGACCCCGAGGACGUGUCCCGCGCCGGGGGGGACGCUGUGCAGGGCCAGCAGGGUGACAAACACCCCCCGAGCCUCUUCCGAGGGGAGGUGGGGCUGGAGCCCACCCGCACGGGUGGCACCGGGUGAGUGUCACCCUCUGUCCCCAGCCUGGCGCUUGGGGACACCGCAGUGACACCAUCACAGAGCCCAAAGGUUUCCCCCUCAAUAAAAUCCCAAACCCCCUCUGGGUGUUUAAUUCUGGUCCCUCUGAGCUUUGUCAGGGUGUCCAAGACCUCCCCUCCGGUCUGAACCCGGAGUGGGCCG